AUGAGGGUACAUAAGAGGAGUCAACUAAUAGAAAUGUGUCAGGAGUUGAUGGCCAUGUACCAGAAGCCAUAUGAGGUAUUGCUGCUGCGGGACUAUGUGACCCUACGGGGGGAAAUGAUCACGACACAGUAUAGCAAACUACAUCCACCCCUCAAUGAAGAAGUGAAUCAAUAUAUGGCAUGUAUGAAAAAUCAAAGCAAUAUUAUUUUAGAGGCGCUUGGGGAAAAUGAAGCCAUGAUGGUCCACAAGAGGAGUCAACUAAUAGUAAUGUAUCAGGAGCUGAAGGCGAUGUCUCAGAAGCCAUUUGAGGUGCUGCUGCAGGAUUUGGAUGACUUGUUCAGAAGGAGUGAGUCAGUGCAGCUGACACAGAGAAUGAAACCAAAACUCGGUGCCCAUCCCAAUACUGGGCUGACUGAAAGGUUCAACUACUUCCAAGUUCUACCUGUGCAUACAACUGCCACACCCUCCUCAAGUGUUGAAGAAAAACACCCAAAAUCCUCGUCGAAGGUGGAAUCUAGAAAAGGCCGGAACAGUAUGUAUUCUUCAGUCUCUGAAGAUGUGUUAAUUGUGUUAAUACUAGUUGUCUUUUGUCUGGUUGCAAAUCAGCAUGAUUUGGUGUCAUUUGAGGAUGUCACUGUCACGUUCACCUGGGAGGAGUGGCAAAAUCUCAACAAUGCUCAGAAGAUGCUGUACAGGAGUGUGAUGCUGGAGAUGUAUAGUAGCUGGCUCUCACUGGGGCAAUGCAUCCCUAAACCUGAGUUGAUCUUCAAAUUGGAACAGGGAGAGGAGCCAUGGACAGCAGAAGAACCUGCAAACAAGACUCUGCCAGUCUUCUGCAGUGUGGAUGGCAUAAUUGAAACUAACCAGAAGAGUCGAGAGAGACAUUUGUGGCAAGUUACCUCCAACAGCCCAAAUAAAGUAACUGAGGAAGCAGAGGGAUUAGAAAACACUUUUUAUUUUUACUCCAUGAAUAUUUCAAGUUUUGUUGUAAGUAAUAGAAACUGUUCAGGAGUGAAGCCUGAGGAGUUGAAUGGAUAUCUGAAUACACAUCUCUCUUUGGAACCUCAUGGAUUGUGUGCUGGAGAGCAAUAUAAUGGCUGUUGUGUAGCAGGGAAAUCCAUCAGAUGUCCUGUGCAGUUGGGUCAGCAUUCUAAGAUUCUAACUGGACAGCAGGAAUUUGAAUAUAUUGGAGAAAGGAAAGAUACAAAGGAGGGAAAACUAUUGAAAAAAGUUACUCCAUCUAAGAGACUUCAAAUGGGACUGACUUCUUGUAAGCAUAAUGAGUGUGAGCAAGUUUCUGUUCAGUCAGAUGUCAUGGCUAAGAUAGGGAAGGCAACUUUCAGUAAGAAGUGUAACCUCACUAAACACCAAGCAACAAACUCAGUGAGAAAAUCUUGUAAAUACCUUGAAAGUAGGAAAACCUUUACCAGUGAAUUAGACCUUAUAGUAUAUCAGAGAACACAUAACCAGAAAAAAGACCAUAUAUGUAUCCAGUGUGAGAAACCUUUUAGCACUAAAUCUUCCCUUACUAUUCAUCAGAGAAUUCACACUGGAGAAAAGCCCUAUGGAUGUAGUGAAUGUGAUAAAACCUUCAGACAAAAGUCAGCUCUCAUUGUACAUGAGAGAUCUCACACCGGAGAGAAACCCUUUGAAUGCUAUGAGUGUGGUAAAGCCUUCCAACAUAAGUGGUACCUCAAAACGCACCAGAGAACUCAUACUGAGGAGAAACCAUACGAGUGUAAAGAAUGUGGAAGAGCCUUUCUAAAGAGGUCGUACCUCAGAAUGCAUCAGGGAACUCACAAGAGUGAUAAACCGUAUGAGUGUGAGAAAUGUGGGAAAACCUUCCAUAACAGGUCAUACUUCAACGUGCAUCAUAGAAUUCACAAUGGCGAGAAGCCCUAUGUGUGCAGUGAGUGUGGAAAAGCCUUUUACCAGAAGUCAGACCUCAGGAGGCAUCAGAGGAUCCACAACAGUGAGAAAUUACAUAAAUGUAAAGAAUGUGGAAAAGCCUUUCAAAAUAAGUCAUACCUCAAAACUCACCAGAAGGUUCACACAGGUGAGAAACCAUAUGAUUGUAAAGAGUGUGGGAAAGCAUUUCAAAACAAGUCAUAUCUCAACAAGCACCAGAUAAUUCACACAGGUGAAAAACCCUAUGAAUGUAAUAAAUGUGGGAAAACGUUUCAGUGGAAGUUAGUCCUCAGUAAGCAUCACAGAAUCCACACAGGUGAAAAGCCCUAUGAAUGCAUUCAGUGUGGAAAAAUGUUUGGCUACAAAUCAUACCUCAUUGUACAUGAGUUGAUUCAUUCUGGGGAGAAACCUUAUGAAUGUAAUGUUUGUAGAAAAACCUUUUCACAGAAAUCAAACCUAAGCAGGCAUCAGAGAACUCACCGACAUGGGGAGCUAUGUUAG